UCAGGGGCCUGUUCGCGUCGGGCGGCAGGGUCGGGCGGGAGUUCAGGGGGGCUUGCGGUGGAAGCAGGGGGGGUUUGGGGCGGGCACGACAGGUGCAUGGGCCGGGGAAGGGGAAGGUUGUGUUGGGUGGUUUCUAGGGUUCAUUUCGAAAGGUCGACAGGUCUUCGGGUCGAAGGUUCACAGCGGCAAAUGCGACACUCGCGAUGGGGAGGGCACAGCGGCGCGAGCAUGAGCCCGCUUCUCAAGAUGUGCAGGACACGUUCAGGGUAAGGUCCCCUGUGUAUCGGUACCUUGUCGUCGGCCAGAAGGUCGACAACAAUGGGGUGAUGAUGUUGCAUUGCACAUUUUGCAACAAAGUAUUUCAGGGGGCUUUAUUCCAGGCAACCAGGCACUUCAUGCAGACCAAUUACUGCAAGGCCGUCACUGAUGAGGCCUUGUACGAGAUCGAAAAAUGGACUCAACUGAAGUCUGAGGCCGACCAGAUGGAGAGGAUUUCCAGGUUUGCAGUGGAGCGUGGACUUGAUGUGCCCCUGGCCGGUGCAGCGACGGGAGGAGAGGCGGCGCAGCGACCGCGGGAGGUUGGGGGGGGGGGAGAGACUGGGCAUGGUGAGCCCAACCAGCCAUUGGGGGGUAGAGGCGGUGGCAUCGAGGGGGACGUGAUCACCGACGAUCGCGAGGCACGUGGCACGACCCGGGAGGGAUUCCUGGGACACGAGGAUCAGCCCGAGUUCGAUCCAUUGACGGGGGAGAGGAUCGUGGACUGGCAGCAGCGAGGGGGCAAGGGGCAACAGCCUCCUGUGAAGGAACCAACAUGGGAUCCUUGGUGGCAGAGGGUGGCCACCAUCGUCCAUAUCAUGGAGUUGCUCCGACGGAUGGAUCGUGGAGGGCAGUUCAUGUCGCUCGUGCUCGAGUGGGCACAGGAUCUUGUGCAGCGGGUGAAGAAGGCAUGCGCUCCUUUGGGGUCCUUGAUCGCAGACCGGAUCACCAGGCGUGUGCAGGCACGCUCACGGCACAUGCUAGAGCCGGCCCACUGCGCUGGGUUCUUACUGAACCCCCGCAGGCGACAUGUUCGAUAUUUUUCCGGCGAGGUGCAGGAGUACCAUGCUUGGCUUGUGAGACAAGCCAAGAGGUACAUUCUGACGCAGACGGGUUUCGAUUUGGAGGGUGCGGAGUACCUCCGGGCCUGCCUGCAGUUCGAGGACUUCCACAUGCAGCAGGGCAGGUUUGGUGAUUGGGGCGGGGCGGAGGGGCGUGCUUGUGGGCGCCCGUGUAGCGGUGACACCGAGACGAUCGAGUGCGCGUCUUGGUGGUCCCAGUACGGGGCUCUCGCCCUUGAGUUGCAGCGGUGCGCUCUUCGUGUGAUGCACAUGUGGUCUUGCGCCUCUCGAGGGGAGAGGAACUGGGCAGUCCACGAGGGCAUCCACACGAAGAAGCGUAACAGGUUGGCGAGAGAUGCGGUGCGUGAUGUUACUCUAUUGCACCGACGGAUCUUCGACCGGAGGCUCGAGCAUCCAGCAUGGCAGGCGAUCCCUUCGGUUCCAUGGGGUCCUGCAUCGCCCGUGUGGUCUGGGUCUACCUCCACCGGAGGACGUACUGCGAGAGAUGUCCCAGGGGUUUCGGGUAGCGUGCAGGAGACAACGCCACAUGAAAGAAACAUGCCACCCCCUCCUCCUAGACCACCUGUAGGUGAUCCAUCAUCAUCGCCCACAGGCAGAGGCUCUCGAUCCCCACAAACGCCCGGGAGAUCGAGGAUUCGUGACACGACAGCAGCUCUGCGGGACGUGUGUGACACGUCCAUAUUCGGGAGCACAGACAUAGAUUUGGAUUCUACCCGCCGUGUCACGGAGCACACUUCACGCCUUCAGUCGGGCUUGGGAGGAGUUGGUGCCAGGACGACCGCAGCGAGGGGGGUGCCAGCAUCAAGUUGCGAGCCUCAGCGAGGUCGUGGUUGAGGAGUGUCCGCCGACACCUUGGAGCACGCUCUGAGAACAGCGACGCGUGUUGUGGAGGAGCAGACUCUGCGCAAGCGUGGAGU